UGAUCGAGCUGGGAAAGCGGACUGGCUUUUUAAACCGAUGGAAAGCUGAAGUCUACUCUGAUAGUCACUGGCGUGAAAAAGCAAGAGCAACUUCAAACAAAGUCUCGACUUGAAAAUGCAAGCGCACAUCUCGACGGCUUUAAAAUAGCUACAUGGACAGAAAACCCGUCUUGUCGUCGAAGGCGAAGGAAGAAGAAAUUGCCGUGUGGAUUUGUUCUGCUGAGGAAAGUGCUGGUUUAUGAAUAGCAGUAGGAGUCCUUUAAGCUCAUCAGUGUCCGGCAGACGGGGCGGAAAACUUUGUUAGGAAAACUUUUGACGUUUUGUAUCGAUUGUGAAUUGGGUUAGAGUUACAUUUGAAUAAAUCUUAGAUCGAAUCAAGACGUUUGCGAACUAUGUUAUUUUCAGACAAAAGUAAUAAUAAUAAUUUUGUUCAGCACCAGUGCAGCCUCUGAGUUUACACUGUACAAAUCGUGUCUUUUCUUCCUUCUUUCGUUCUGUGUGUUGUUAUAAUACUAAGAAGAUGAAAAGGACUGGAAACUUUUAGUUAACGUUCGGACAACGAAAAUACUACCUCCUGGGUUGUUUUACGCACAUCAACAAAAUCGCCUUUUUGAUUUUAUAUAUCCGUCCUGCCUUAUCAACCGGAUGGUCACACAUAGCCUAGCUAACUGCUAGCUACAUUACUUAUCCAUGGUAAAUAAACACCAACCGGUGCUGACGUUAGUUAAGUCGGCGUUGGUUCUUUUCUAUGGAAAACGCCUUUAAAAAACAGCUUGUCCCGAGGAUGGAGUCUCUGUCAGGAAUUUACAGUGGGACGGUAUCCGGCAUGGAGACGGACUCGGUGACCGGAGACGUGGACUCCGUUCAGGGAGUCUCUUUUUCUGUAGACCCGGUGCUCGACGGCAUUUUGAUGGACUCCUUUUGCCAGCAACAAGGAUGGAUGCGCGUAUAUGAUGUGAAAGGGCCACCAAGCUACCGCUUCUCCUGUGGCCAGUCACCCUUCUCUGAAUCCAGUGUCUGGGAAAAAAAGUACUGCAUCCUGACUGACAACCAGCUCAUCCUGCUCAACCGGGAGGAAGAAAUGCCUGCAGAGGUUCAUGAAAGCCCCACAGCUUCAGGGUCCAAGGGCCGCAGCCUGAGGAGAACAGUCAGUGUGCCCUCUGAAGGACAGUUUCCAGAGUAUCCAGCAGAGGGAGCAUCCAUGUUGGAAGUAUCCUCAGACCGCUCACCCAGAAGGAGGAGCAUCUCUGGCCUUGGCAGCUCUGAGAAGAACAUCUCAGUGGAUGGGCCCAACUCCUCACCCUUCAAAGUGCCAGGUUUUUUCAGUAAGCGACUGAAAGGGUCGAUCAAGAGGACAAAGAGCCAGACCAAACUGGACCGGAACCCAAGCUUCAGGCUACCAUCACUUCAGCCUACUGAGAACGACAGGUCACGAGGCCUGCCGAAGCUGAAAGAGUCCUGUUCACAUGAGUCUUUGCUCAGUCCAAGCAGUGCUGCAGAGGCACUAGACCUCAGCAUGGAGGAGGAUGUGUACAUUAAACCACUUCACAGCAGUGUGCUUGGACAGGAGUUCUGUUUCGAGGUGAUCUACUCAGGGGGCAGUAAGUGCUUCAGCUGCUCCUCAGCUUCUGAGAGAGACAAAUGGAUGGAGAACAUCAGGAGGACAGUGCAACCAAAUAAGGACAACUGCCGGCGUGCAGAGAAUGUGCUGCGCCUUUGGAUCAUUGAGGCCAAAGACUUGCCACCCAAGAAGAGAUACUUCUGUGAGCUGUGCCUAGAUGAUGUACUGUACGCACGCACCACCAGCAAAGUGCGCUCAGAUUCUCUAUUCUGGGGUGAGCACUUUGAGUUUGGUGGUCUGCCUGCUAUCAACAGCAUCACUGUACAUGUAUACCGUGAUGCUGACAAGAAAAAGAAAAAAGAUAAGAGUAACUACGUUGGACUGGUGAACAUCCCAGUACAGGCCGUGAGUGGACGCCAGUUUGUGGAAAAGUGGUACCCAGUGAGCACACCCACCAGCAGCAAGGUGAAAGGCGGAGGCCCCUCCAUCCGUAUCAAGUGCCGCUUUCAGAGCAUUGCAAUACUGCCCAUGGAACUCUACAAAGAAUUUGCAGAAUUUGUCACCAACAACUACACUAUGCUGUGUUCAGUGCUUGAGCCUGUUAUAAGUGUGAGGAACAAGGAGGAGAUGGCCAGUGCACUUGUGCAUAUACUCCAGAGCACUGGCCGGGCAAAGGACUUUCUGACAGACCUGGUCAUGUCUGAGGUUGAUCGGUGUGCAGAUCACGACGUGUUGAUCUUCCGAGAGAACACACUGGCGACCAAAGCCAUAGAAGAGUACCUCAAACUUGUAGGUCAGAAGUAUUUGCAUGAUGCCCUAGGAGAAUUUAUCAAAGCUCUGUAUGAGUCAGACGAGAAUUGUGAGGUGGAUCCAUCAAAGUGCCCCAGCGGUGAGCUGCCUGAACACCAAAGUAACUUAAAAAUGUGCUGUGAGCUAGCCUUCUGCAAGAUCAUCAACUCCUACUGUGUUUUUCCACGUGAGCUGAAGGAGGUGUUUUCCUCAUGGAAGCAACAGUGCCAUGCUCGGGGGAAACAAGAUAUCAGUCAGCGUCUAAUCAGUGCCUCACUGUUUCUGCGCUUUCUCUGUCCAGCCAUUAUGUCACCAUCCCUCUUCAACCUCAUGCAGGAAUAUCCUGAUGACCGUACAUCACGCACACUCACCCUUAUUGCUAAAGUUAUCCAGAACCUCGCUAAUUUCACCAAGUUUGGCAACAAAGAAGAAUACAUGGCUUUCAUGAAUGAUUUUUUGGAGCAUGAGUGGGCAGGCAUGACCCGCUUCCUGCUAGAGAUCUCCAACCUUGAAACCAUUUCCAACACACCAGGCUUUGAGGGUUACAUUGACUUAGGCCGUGAGCUCUCUCUGCUGCAUGCACUGCUGUGGGAGGUGGUGUCUCAACUAGACAAGGGUGACAAUUCCUUCCUGCAGGUGACGGUGGCCAAACUAGGGCCUCUGCCACGUAUCCUGGGUGAGGUCACACGCUCACUGUCCAGUCCCACACCAAUCCAGCAGCAGCUGAGACGUUUCCAAGACCAUGGCUCUGCCCACAACCUCACUGGCAGCGUAUCUUCAGGACUGCAGAGGAUAUUUGAGGACCCAAACGACAGUGAAAUUCAGAAUGCCAAAUCUCCAUUGCAAGAACAUCCAGAAAUUCAGCUAUGUGGAAAGCCCCCAUUAUUGUGCCAGCAGCCAUCCCUACACAGCAUGAGCUUCUCCGACAAAGAGCGAGAUAGCCACCUUCCUAAUGGGCGCAGCAUCUCCCUGAUGGACCUACAGGACUCGCACCUUCUUGAUGCCCCACCAAAAAUAGGCCGUGUAGGUUCCCAAGCAUCCAUCGGCCCACUGCCUCCCCCUCUUCCACACCUCCAUCACCACUAUCCACAGCAGCAGCAGGCCAAAGUGGUCACACUAAGGGAAAAUGUACCCCAGAGUGCACCACAGGUCCGCCGGCCUUUGCAACUAUCUUUAAGCCAGCAGCGCAGCCAACAGCCACUCUGCUUUCAGAACCCUGUAUACCAGCUAAACAACCUGCAUGCACUGCGCUCAGCUCAUGCACCACUGCAGGCCCACUCUAGCUCAGAGAACCUGAGCACAGCAAGCUCACACAGUGCCAGCCCCAGCACUGCAUCUAGGAAAAUGUUGCCCUUCACCACCAGUCUCAAUGAGGGGGAUGUACCCUCUCCCUGCUGGCAUACAGCCUUAGUUGAUGCCCAACCAGGGCCACAGGUAAUGGCUGUGGCCAGGCAGAGUGGUACAGGGACAGCACAUAUUGUAAGGGUGGAACAGCAAAGUAGGACAAAUGGAGGGGUAUCGCACUCACUACCACAUAGCAGCUCACUACGCAGCAGCAGCAGUGUCAAUACAGACCCACAACAGCAAAGUGAAGUUAGCUCCCGACAACAGUCCAUCUGCUCACGAGAUGGCCCUAUCCUAAGCAACAGAACUAACAGACAGACGCACUCUCCUGUAGAGUCAGUCACCAUGUCUCCUGUUGAGCGAACAGCAGCAUGGGUGCUGAAUAAUGGCCAGUAUGAGGAGGACGAGGAGGAUAGCAACAGCAAGAAGGAAAGCAAGCAUGUGGAGAAGUAUGAGCAAGAGAUCACAAAGCUGAAAGAGCGGCUGUGUGUGUCUGGCCGCCGCUUAGAAGAAUAUGAACGGCGGCUUGCAGCACAAGAGCAGCAAAUGCAGAGGCUGCUGCUGGAGUACAAGACUCGCCUGGAGGACAGUGAGGAGCGUUUGCGGCAGCAACAGGAGGAGAAGGACAGCCAAAUGAAGAGCGUUAUCUGCAGGUUAAUGGCAGUGGAGGAGGAGCUAAAGAGAGACCAUGCAGAGAUGCAGGCGGUUAUAGAUGCAAAGCAGAAGAUCAUAGAUGCACAGGAAAAACGAAUCAGCUCCCUUGAUGCAGCUAACUCUCGCCUCAUGAGUGCCCUUACCCAGGUCAAAGAGCGCUACAGCAUGCACAACCUUCGCAAUGGCCUCUCACCCACUAACCCCACCAAGCUCUCCAUUACUGAAAAUGGAGAGUUCAAGAACAGCAGCUGCUGAUUACACUGCUUGCAUCUGUUGAACGGUGCUAACUCAGUUACAGCAUCUCUGGCACCAGUUAGACUUUGGACUAAGAUGCAUUGGCAGUGGGCAUGUUUUCUGACUACUACAUAAAACCUCGCAAGAGAUGUCUGGUUACAAUGUAUAGAGACUGUGUCUUGCAUUGAGCUUGUUACAGAAAAGGGAGUAAUUCAGCUGAAGAGUUUCAGAUUGGUUUAGAGAUGUACUGUCCACUCUGCUUCAUUUAUGUUAUGUUUUUAAUAUUAAUAGUACCGUACAUUAGGGUUACGAUUGCAGUUCAAAAGAUUUUAAGUAUUGUUAAAGUACAAUAUGAUAAACUGAUAUGUACAUAUCAUAUAAUAGAACUGUUUUAAUGGAAGGUGCCAAGAAAGCACAUAGAAAAGGUCUGUAGCUCUUAUUAACAAACAAACAGAAGGCGGUUUUAUGCACUCAAUUUUAUAGGUCAUGUUUUCCAUGUUUUUGAUCUCCAGGUGUUUGUUUUUUGUUUAACUUUAACUUUUGUUAUCUGAUUUAAUGUAAAAUUCAAAUCAAGUGGCUGGGUUGGGGUUGGGGGUUCAUAUCCACUUCACACCAGUCAAAAAAAAAGUCAACGAUAAUUUGUGACUUAAUGCAGAUAUAAAUAUAUCAAUAUUUUUUUUAUUCUGCACUCUGUAUGACAGAUAUCCAUAUGUGCAUUUUGAACAUCCCAUUCCACUUUUUUGUUGUUAUAAUAACUUCAGCAUUUCUCUCAAGCCUUUCCACAAUAUUUUUUAACAUGGCUGUGCAAAUUUGCUUAUUAUUCAGCAACAAAACAUUAGUGCAAACAUGUACUGAUUUUGGGUUUCAGUGUUCAGUUGGGUUGAGUUCAGGGCUCUGUGCAGGACACUAGAGUGCCUAGACCUGGUUUGCACUAGUGUCCUCCACAGAGCCCUGACCUCACACCAAACUUUAUGGCAACAGUUUGGUGAAGAAUAACUUUGUAUGAGAUGGUCAGGUGUUUGCAUACUUUCAGCCAUAAAGUGUAUUAUGUUUUCAGAUUUGUCACUCUGGUGUACCCCUCUGAAUUUAGCACCAGUAUUUCCAAUUCAUAGCUUAAUGAAUACAUUAUCAGACCUAACUAAUACAAAGUACAAACUCAUGCUGCUUUUUAUACAGUGGUCCAGACAGAUAAUCUGUUGGAUCAUCAGUUACUUUCAAAACCCCCUGUUCUUUUAACAUUGUAUUUAAUGAUUGCCAGUGACUACUAUUAAACCACACUGUUUUGAAAUAAUGGCCUCACUCUGAUAUAAAGAAUAUUUUGUAUCACAGAGACACUGAAUGAUUUUGCCGUUGUCAAUGUUCUGUAACAUUUUGACAAGACUGUGAGGAAUAAAGAUGUUUAAGACUCCAUUUUAUCUUUCCUAUUUUAAACUCUGUUUGAAUUAAAUGUGUUUUAUAAUAAAAUGAAAAGUGCUAUAACACUUUUUGCCUUUAAACCAUUAAAUUCCUUCCUUAUUUCAAAUGUCUUAGGUCAUUUCUGUGGAAAAUUGUUCUUGUUAAAGUACACAUUCCACCUACCUUGCUAUUUAAUUAUAUAUUACCUAUUUUCUAAAGUUUCAUAUUAACAGAAACAUUUUACAGUCUGUUUUUCAAUGUUCUUAAAUUCCUUCUGAUUUCAGGGCUAAUUUACUUCUGUUAUAACCUUGUAACAUCUUUCUUCCUGCAUAUCCUCAUUCAGAACUGUGUGGAACAGUUUGGAAAAACUGAGCACUAGUUAAGCAUUAUUUAAUAAAGCUUUUAUUUUUUCAUUUUUACUAAGUGUAAAUGUUAUAGUAGAUACUGACAUAACUGUUGGUGAAGUUGGAAAACGGUUCAGGUAAAGUGGGAUUUAUAUUCAUAUCUCUAUAUUGAUCAUAAACUUUGGAACAAAAUGUUUCUUCAGGAAUAUGUGACAAGCUGUAUGUCUGCAAUGUAAACUGGCUGAAUGUAUUUAUUUCAGUUGAAAUAAAUUACUGUAAAAGAGAAA